CUCAUCACAUCUCCACAUUCCACACAACCACUCACCCACCUACCCACCACUCACAAACCCCAAGACAGUAACCCAGCUAACAUCACCAUGCCCCCACACCUCCCCAAAUACAUCUUCGCCCUUCAAUCCCUCCCCCUCCUCGCCAGCGGCCUCUACACUCUUCUCUGCCCCACCUCCGCCGCACAAUCACCAUACAUGCCCCUGCAGGACGUCACCCCGGGAACCAUCCAAGCCAUGAGUCUUUCUUCCCUGACCCUGGGCACUUUCUAUGCUAUCGCCGCCUAUCAGAAUAACAUCCCGCUGAUGGUGGCUACCAUCCCGGGACGGUUAUUGGCGGCAAUGGUUUUUUAUCAGACGGGCGAGGCAGCUUGGCGACAGGUGGCGCCGUUUGAGGCGCUGAUGGGUGGUAUGACUGUUUUGGGGGUUUGGUUGCGGGGAUGGUGAAGUGUGCAGCGUGUCGAGAUAUAGGGCUGGGAUAUCCCGAUCUUCUGUAUCCGUAGCCCAGUGGGAUUGAUUUUUUUGCCGACUAUUCAUGUUGUUUAACCUCCCGAGGGAUCAAGAAAUGAAAUGGAAUGAAAUGGAC